UGUGUGUGUGUGUGAGUGUGUGUGAGUGUGUGUGUAUGAGUGGGUGUGUGUCUCCUUGCAGCACGGGCAUCUUUAGUGCUCUGAUUCCUUCAGCAAGCUGAGCAACAUCAGGUGUCGAUCGGCCAUUUUAUUCACCGCGCGGGAUUCUAUCAGGAGAGACUCUCCCACUCGCCCCAUCACAAACGGAGAAAAAGAACUACAUCCAGGAGGCCAAGAUGCUUGUGACCAUGCUAACAGCCAUGUAUAUGAUGGUGCAGGUGGUGGAACAGGUGGGUCUUAGGUGGGGGAGGCAGCCGGCCCCCCUGCCCUAUAUGCUGGCUCAGCCAAUCCCCUGGCAGAUACACUCAGUGUCUUCCAGCCGAAGAGGGAGUCGCGCGGAGGAGAGGAGAAACAGCGCUGGCAUGUACAGGAAGAACUCCAACUGCACUAAUGGGCUGUGUGCCCCGGCCAGCCCUGAGGCCGUCAAGGCCGCCUUUACCAUCCAGAAGGAGUACAGGAAGUACCAGCAGAAGAAGAAGGACACCGUCUAAAGAAGGAAGGACCAGCCAAAGAAGAAGGGCACCAUCUAGAGGAGGGGAGGAGCACCUCCCCCUCAGCUCUUUAUAGCUCUUCAACUCUCUCGCUUUCUCUUUUUUUCGAUUUUUUGCACUCUCAGUCAUUACUCUCUCUCCCUCUCUCUCACACACACACACACACACACACACAGACAUGAUCACUCAUUCUCUCUGAAACAUUGUAAAUACUAUGGAAAAGUACACCAUCACACACUCUCUCACACAGUCAUGGGCGGAUCUACACACACACACCGAUCACAAACACACACACACACAC